AUGCAAAUGCAGUCUUUGUCACUUUUUCGGCAGCCUUUUGUUCUGGCCUUUCGUUUCGCAUGCUCCAAGGCGGGUCCGAUUCAGAUCGCCAUUAAAGAAAAACUUACAGCGCUUUUUAAGCCCACUUAUCUCGAUAUUACAAACGAGAGUCAUCAUCAUGCGACCAACCUUGGUCACGAGUCACAUUUUCGCAUUUCCAUUGUCUCAAAAGACUUCGAAAACAUAAAUGACGUAAUGAGGCAUAGGUUGAUCAAAAAGGCUCUUCAGCACGAAUUUGAUGCGGGUUUACAUGCAAUUUCCAUAAUGGUUAGUUCAGUUUGA